UUUCCGCCUCCGCCAGUACAGAGUAAUUUUUCUCUGUCCCAAACCUGAGCUGCUGCUUUUAGCCCUGAGCCUGUUUUGCAAAGCCUGCCCCACUGCACUGUCUCUUAGGAGAUUUGAGUAAAUCGGUUGGAUAAUAUCAACAAUCUGCUGAGGCGUUUAUUUGCUGCGGGUCCAUAAUGUCUGAGCUUGAAAUGGAGUGUGUCGAGGAGGAGCUGGAACCAUGGCAGAAGUCCUUCCCACCGAUCAAUCUGACUGAAGAAGAUGAUGAUGAACCCAUAUUUGUAGGAGUAGUGUCUGAAGACCAAAGGGAGAGAGAUUCUAAAUCAAUGGUCAUCCAGUGGAAAUCUGAAGAAAAACUAGAUAUUAGACAGUCCAAUCCUCAGACCUGUCCAUUGUUGCCUCUCAGUGUGGUAGGAACCCCCGGGAAAACCUCAGUACCUACUAUGCCAGCUAUUUCACCACAGCCCAUUAUUGUUAAUAACCAGGGCUUUAUAGUAACUCCACAAAUUACAAACAACAGUAAUUUCAUCACCUCUCUUGGGACUCCUGGCACUUCGUUUACAUUUGUAUCAGCCCAACCACAAACAUUUCAACAACUUUCCCCAACUUCUUUGAUACACGGUGUAGUCCACAGGCCUCAGGUCCAACAAAUCCACAACAACAUUGUGACACUGUCAAAUGUCCAGGGUCCAGCUGUCUACAACAGACCCACUCAGAUGCAUUUCAAGCAGUCCAACAGAUCUUUGGCACUAAUAAGAUCUCCAAAAUCAAGCAAUGUUACACAAAAUGGGUCGUCUAAACAUACGUGCACACACUGCAAAAGUACCUUUUUUGAUGAAAAUGGACUUAAGAGUCACUUAAGGAACUGUAAACCAACAGAUACUGAAGAAGGUGUAGCACUUGCACCACAGCAGUUUGGUGAUGGUAAGCGCAUAAUGCUGGUUGGAGAGUUCUACUACGGCAAAUUCGAAGGAGAUGGCUAUACACCGGAGACUGAAAGGACAACCACUUUCAAGUGCCAGAGCUGCUUGAAAGUGCUCAAGAAUAACAUUAGGUUUAUGAACCAUAUGAAGCACCACCUGGAGCUGGAAAAGCAAAACAGUGAAAGCUUUGAAAGCCAUACAACCUGUCAGCAUUGCUACAGACAGUAUUUGACUCCAUUCCAGCUGCAGUGCCACAUUGAGAGUGCUCACAGCGCAAUUGACUCUACAACCAAUUGUAAGAUUUGUGAGUUGGCCUUUGAGUCGGAACAGGUUCUCCUGGACCACAUGAAAAAUAACCACAAACCAGGGGAAAUGCCUUAUGUAUGCCAGGUGUGCAAUUUUAGGUCUUCCUUCUUCUCAGAUGUGGAAACACAUUUCAGAGAUGCACAUGCAAAUACAAAGGACCUUCUCUGUCCCUUUUGUCUCAAAGUUGUUAAAAGCGGCCACAUCUAUAUGCAACACUAUAUGAGGCAUCAGAAAAAAGGAAUUUUUCGUUGUGGAAAAUGCAGACUCAAUUUUCUUUCAUUUAAAGAAAAAGUAGAACAUCGUACUCAAGUUCACAAGACAUUUAGAAAGCCAGAAGCUCUGGAAGGUCUUCCUCCUGGAACAAAGGUGACAAUUCGAGCAUCAUUAACUGGAAAACCCUCUCUAAUACCCAACUGGCGUACUCCAGUUGGCUUAAUUGUUACACCAGAAACAUCAAAAACCAACAAAUCAGCGAAAUCCCUUAAUGUUCAGAAGUCACAGUUGGGAAGUUCUGGACCUAGUAAAUCAAAUGUGUCUCAAAAAAAACAAAAACGUGGAAUCUCCAAACAUAACUUGGUACUUAAGAAUUUCAGACCCAGUGGAAGACGAUACAUAUGCAUUGAAUGCAAUGGCACUAUUUUGGAUUUCUUUUCACAUUUUCCAAUGUUAUUACAUUGUGGUGCUUGCAAAUACAAGACAAAUUGUAAGAAGUCUAUUGGAAAUCACAUGAUAAGAUUUCACAGUACAAUUAGCAAGAGUCGAUUUUCAAAAGAAAAUGGAAAACAUUCUUCCUCAUUUAAAUUAACUCUUCUCUGUCUCAAAUGUGAUCUUAUGGAUGCAUCUGGUGGAAAUCGAAUGACCAAACAUUUAACAAAGAGGCCUAAUCACAGAUGCAAAGUUAUUCAAGACAAAGAUAUUAGUGCCAAAGAACAAGAGCUUCCCAAUGAAGAAGCUGGAAAGUUGAAAUCAACAACUACUGAGAUGCCAAAGGACCAGGACGAGACUCUUUCGAUCACAAGUGUCACAACUGCUAACACUGGUCAGCUACAACCUUUAAGGAAAUCAAACUCAACAGACUGUGAACAGGAUAAUGGAUCUUCAAAAAUUAUUACUGAAGAUUCACAGGAGCCAUUGCAUCUACAGGCAUCCAAUGAAGACUCUUUUGAAGUACUUUCAGAUUAAAGUCAAACAGUGACAAUUUAUUAAGUCUAUACUCUUAGACACUAUAACAUGAUUGUAACCAUAUUUCAAAACACAGUAUGAUAAGGGUUUGCUUUAAUUUUAUUGUAACUGUUGGCAUUAUUACAUUAAUAUUCAUCACUGCAAAUUUUAAUCACAUUUACAAUCUUUGCUAAAUAUUCAAAAUAACUGUCUUUCAUUCCUAUUUUAAUUUACAUGUCUUUAUUAUUCUUUUAAAAUAUAGAUAUAUAUUUUUCAUUUUAUGUUAUCUAUUUCAGUAGCAAUAGCAAUCAAUGUUUAAUGUUUUUUUUUUUUUAAUGGUGCGCAAUUUUAAAAAAGAAGCAUGGUUGUUGGAAGUGUUGUCUUAUUCCAAUAAACGAUUGAAACGAAAAA